AUGGAGAAAGCAAAAUCUGUGAAAGAGGAGAUUCAAAAAUCAGUUAAAGAAGCAGAGAAGAUGGGAGAAGAUGUUAAAGAUGAAGUAACAUCUCUUCUAAACGAUCUGGAAACAAUCAUAGAAAAUGGAAAUAAGUUGCUUAGAGAAAGCAAAGUUAACUAUACACUUUAUGACCUAAGCAAGGAAGCCGUGGAGAAGAUGAAAUCCAUUGAUGAUCUCCUACCAAAGAAGUUAUAUAAUGUAUCUAAUCCAGCUCCCCUUCCAACGAUGGAAUUCAUUUACGAAGGCGAUUUCAAUAUUUUUACAUCCACAAAGUUGACAAUGGAUAAAGUCAAGGAGGCAUUGAAAGAUGAAAAUAUCCAUGUCAUUGGGGUGUAUGGGAUGGGAGGUGUGGGUAAAAAUUCCCUGGUGACGGAAGUAGGCAAACAAGUGGAGAAAGAAAAAUUUUUUGACAAGGUCGUCGUGAUGGCUGUGGUGUCGCAAGAACCAAACUUUAAACAAAUACAAGGUGAAAUUGCAGACAUGUUAGGCUUGGAAUUUAAUGAAGAAAGUGUGAGAGGAAGACAAUUGUUGGAGAAAGAGAGGUGCUUUCUUGUCAUAUUGGAUGAUAUUUGGGCUAAGUUAGAGUUGAAAAAAUUGGGGAUUCCCGAUGCUUGGGACUUGUUUAAGAGGAAUGCAGGUAAUGUAGUGGAAAACGACAAUUUGAUCAAAGAAGUUUCCAAGGAUUUGGCAAAGGAGUGUGGGGGUUUGCCUAUAUAUAGCUGA